AUGUGCACGUAUCAUAAGGAACGUGGCCAUUACACCACGCAAUGCCCAUCUUUCAAAAGGUAUCUAGAAGAGCUAGCAGCUGCCGGUCACCUCAAUCAGUGGAUCGAUGUUCGGCAAAAUCCCCUUCCUCCACCCCCCCUUGUUGGCAAUCUCGUAAGCGUAAUACAAGGGCUAGUAUCCGAAGGAAGGGCGGCCGAACUUCGUUCAGAAAUUGACAGGGCUGUCGCCUCUGAAUCAGUCUGCAACGUGGGCGCUUCGGGAAAACGAAAGUGGGAAGAUCCGAGCUUCGGCGGUACCAUAACUUUUUCUUCCGACGACUUAAAAGGAGUGCAACUUCCACAUGCAGAUGCCCUCGUCGUCACUAUUGCCAUUGAAAAAUCAACCGUACAACGGGUAUUGAUAGAUCAGGGAAGCUCGGCCGAUGUCAUGUUUUUCUCCACUUAUCAGAGCCUCGGAUUAUCUCCCGCUCAACUUCGGACAGCGUCAACUCCCCUUGUCAGUUUUACGGGAGCCCCGGUAUGGCCACUCGGCCUGAUUACCCUCCCUGUGCGAGCUAGAUCACGCAUCCUGGAGAUCGAAUUUGUGGUGGUCGCUUCGCCAAGUCCGUACAACGUCAUUCUUGGCCGAACCUGGCUACACGAGAUGCAAGCGGUAGCCUCAACGUAUCACCAGGUGGUAAAAUUCGUCGGCUGGAACGGACGACAGGAAAGCCUGCGAGGCGAUCAAAUCCAAUCCAAGAAAUGCUACAUCAGCACUGUAACGAACAAACAGAGCUGCAUGGAGGUACAAUGUGUGGCUGCCGCUCCUCUCCCAGUGAUUGAGGAUGUUGGUGUACUUGCCGAACAACGGUCAACCGAGGAGCUAAUCCAUUUUUCCAUUCCUGGGGAAGAAGGAAGAUAUUUUUUAAUCGGGAGUUCAUUGAGCAUGGACGAACGUGAGGAGAUGUAUCAAUUCCUAAUGAGAAACGUGGAGGUCUUUGCUUUGACACCACAAGACAUGCCAGGCGUGGACCCUUCGUUCGCCAUGCACUCAUUGAAUGUAGAUCCGAAUAGGCGACCGGUUGUGCAAAAAGUCCGACGCUCGUCGGCCGCACACACCGAAGCUGUGAUAUCAGAGGUAAAUCAACUGUUGGAAGCUGGCGUCAUUCGGGAAGUGCUAUACCCCACCUGGCUUGCCAACCCAGUGGUAGUCCCGAAGAAAAAUGGGAAACUAAGGGUCUGUGUCGAUUACACGAACCUCAACGACGCCUGCCCUAUGGAUCGAUUUCCACUUCCUCGGAUUGAGCAGAUGGUAGAUGCAACGGCGGGAUGCGAGCGCUUGAGCUUCAUGGACGCGUAUUGGGGCUACCAUCAAAUAGCUUUGGAUCCGGAAGAUCAAGAAAAAAAGGCUUUCAUCUCGCCUCGGGGAACCUUCUGCUACAAGGUUGUUCCGUUCGGCCUGAAGAAUGCAGGCGCCACCUUCCAACGCUCCAUAACGAAGAUGUUUCCUGGCAUGCUCGGCGUAAAAGUAGAAGCUUAUAUCGACGAUGUGGUUUGCAGAAGCAUAUUCGCUCGGGAUCACCUUCGGGAUCUGGGAGAGGUCUUUGCUGUUCUAAAACAUAAGAAGCUACGUCUCAAUGCCGAGAAGUGUGCGUUCGGCGUUAGCUCGGGGAAAUUCCUGGGGUACAUGGUGAGUCGCCGAGGAAUCGAAGCUGACCCAACCCAAAUUUUGGCUAUACAGAGGCUCCGAGCUCCGACGACAAUUAAAGAGGUACAGCGGCUCACGGGGAUGGUUGCUGCCUUGAACCGUUUCAUUCGACGUUCGAGCGAUCUCUGCCGCCCAUUCUUCCGAGCAAUAACAACGAGCCGACGCAGAUUUGUAUGGACAGAGGAGUGCGAGCAGGCUCUGCGAUCUUUAAAGCAAUACCUAUCUCACGCUCCUUUGCUCGUCAAGCCCCUGCCUGAUGAAGAUCUAUAUCUUUACCUUGCCGUUUCCGACCAUGCAACGAGCGCGGUUCUUGUUCGGAAAGAGGGGAUGGACCAUCAACCGAUCUUCUAUUCCAGUAAAACGAUGACGGAUUCUCAGACGCGGAUCCUGAAGUUCUCUCAAGACUUGGCCAACUUCGACAUCCAAUUCGAGCCUCGGACAGCUAUCAAAGGGCAAGUCUUGGCCGACUUCUUUGCCGAACUCACUCCCGGCUUACAAGACGAGGCCAAUGCCCUGGCAACUGCUGCUGAAGAAGCUCGGAUUCAAGAAGAAGAGGUUCUGGAAGGGCCGUCCAUCUGUCAUGCCGAACCACUCCGUGCUCGGUAUUCCCUCGGACGCAAGAAACCCAAACGACAAUGGAAGCUCUUCUCCGGCGACGCUUGGCGACUGACCGUCGAUGGAGCUUCUAAUGUUCACGGAGCUGGUGCAGGCAUCGUCCUUGUCUCACCCAGCGGGACUGUUCACGAAAGCGUGGUUUCGAUUGGGUACACGGCGACGAACAACGAAGCGGAAUAUGAAGCUCUAAUUGCAGGCCUCCAACUUGCCCUUCGGCUGGAUGCAGACUCGGUUCAUGUCUUUUGCGACUCAACUCAUUGUGGGGCAUUUAAACGAUGA